GACGCGGAUCGACCAAUGGGACUGAGGGUGGAGGGGGCGUGGCCCGGCGGACUGCUCACGUGGUCCCGGAGCCCCGCCCCGCGGGGGAGGGAGCCUGCCACGCGGUCUCUCCGCCUCCGGUCACGUGCCGCAGGCCGGGUCCCCUUCCGCCCUCCCCAUUGGCCCCGCCUCCAGCGUGCGUGCGUCGCGCGGCGGCCGGCGAGGGGGCGGGGCUCCGGGCGGUCACGUGGGGGGCCGCAUCUCCCCCUCCCUCCCCGGCGCGCGCGCCCGCCCGCCCGCCCGCCCGCCCGCUCGCCCGCUCGCCCCCGGCCCCCGGGCUCCUCCUCCUGCUCUUUUCGCCAUUGCAGUUGGCGGCUCGGCCGGCCCGGUGUGCACCGCGUGGCUCUGCUGGCCGAGGCGGCGGGGGGGGGGACGGCGGAGAGCCCCGGCGGGCUGCGGCAGGAGGGGCGGCGGCGGGACGCCGAGCAGCGUCCCAUGCGGAUCUUCGUGAACGACGACCGGCACGUGAUGGCCAAGCACUCGUCCGUGUACCCGACGCAGGAGGAGCUGGAGGCCGUGCAGAGCAUGGUGUCCCACACGGAGCGGGCCCUGAAGGCCGUGUCCGACUGGAUCGACGAGCAGGAGAAGGGCAGCGGGGGCGGUGAGCACGCCGAGGCCGAGAGCCCGGACGCUGCCCCCGAGGACGAGGCCAAAGACGGCGCCGGGGAGCAGAAACCAGAGCACAUGACCAGGACGCUGCGGGGUGUGAUGCGUGUGGGGCUGGUGGCAAAGGGCCUGCUGCUCAAGGGGGACCUGGACCUGGAGCUGGUGCUGCUGUGUAAGGAGAAGCCCACCACCACCCUGCUCGACAAGGUGGCCGCCAACCUGGCCGUGCAGCUCACUUCUGUCACAGAGGACAAAUACGAGAUCGUGCAGUCCGUGGAUGAUGCGGCCAUCGUCAUCAAGAACACGAAAGAGCCCCUCCUCUCCCUCACCAUCCACCUCACGUCGCCCGUCGUCCGAGAAGAGAUGGAGAAGGUGUCCGCCGGAGAGACGCCCGCAGUUACCGACCCCCCAGAUGUCCUGGACCGCCAGAAAUGCCUAGCUGCCCUGGCGUCCCUCCGCCACGCCAAGUGGUUUCAGGCCAGGGCCAACGGGCUGAAGUCCUGUGUCAUCGUCAUCCGGGUCCUACGGGACCUUUGCUCCCGAGUGCCCACCUGGGGGCCCCUGCGAGGAUGGCCCCUCGAGCUUCUCUGUGAGAAGUCCAUCGGCACGGCCAACAGACCCAUGGGCGCCGGCGAGGCCCUGCGGAGGGUGCUGGAGUGCCUGGCGUCGGGCAUCGUCAUGCCAGAUGGUUCUGGCAUUUAUGACCCUUGUGAAAAAGAAGCCACUGAUGCCAUUGGGCAUCUAGACAGACAGCAACGGGAAGAUAUCACACAGAGCGCGCAGCAUGCACUGCGGCUCGCCGCCUUCGGUCAGCUCCACAAAGUCCUGGGCAUGGACCCGCUGCCCUCCAAGAUGCCCAAGAAACCAAAGAACGACAACCACGUGGACUACACGGUCCAAAUCCCCCCCAGCACGACCUACGCCGUGGCCCCCGUGAAACGGCCGAUGGAAGAGGACGCCGAGGAGAAGUCCCCCAGCAAGAAGAAGAAGAAGAUCCAGAAGAGAGAGGAGAAGGCCGACCCCCCGCAGGCCAUGAACGCGCUGAUGCGGCUGAACCAGCUCAAGCCCGGGCUGCAGUACAAGCUGGUGUCGCAGACUGGGCCCGUGCACGCCCCCAUCUUCACUAUGUCCGUCGAGGUGGACGGCAGCUCCUUUGAGGCCUCGGGCCCCUCCAAGAAGACCGCCAAGCUGCACGUGGCCGUCAAGGUGUUGCAGGACAUGGGGCUGCCCACGGGCGCCGAGGGUAGGGACUCCAACAAGGGCGACGACUCGGCUGAGGAGGUGGACGCCAAGCCGGCCGCGGUGGCCCCCCCGCCCAUGGCAGAAGCCGUGUCAGCCCCCAGCGCCCCCUUCACCUCCGAUCCCACGGCCGAGAACGGCAAGCAGCUGGGGCCCAUCCUCACCAAGCACGGCAAGAACCCGGUCAUGGAGCUGAACGAGAAGCGCCGCGGCCUCAAGUACGAGCUCGUCUCCGAGACGGGGGGCAGCCAUGACAAGCGCUUCGUCAUGGAGGUGGAGGUGGACGGACAGAAGUUUCAGGGCGCCGGCUCCAACAAGAAGGUAGCCAAGGCCUACGCCGCCCUCGCCGCCCUGGAGAAGCUCUUCCCCGACACCCCCCUCGCGUUGGACGCCAACAAGAAGAAGCGCACCCCGGUGCCCGUCCGGGGGGGCCCCAAAUUCGCCGCCAAGCCACACAACCCGGGCUUUGGCAUGGGCGGCCCUGUGCACAACGAGGUGCCCCCGCCCCCCAGCCUCCGGGGGCGCGGCCGGGGCGGCAACAUCCGGGGCCGAGGCCGAGGGAGGGGCUUCGGCGGCGCCAACCACGGGGGCUACAUGAACGCCGGCGCGGGCUACGGCGGCUACGGCUACGGAGGGAACUCGGCCACGGCCGGCUACAGUGACUUUUUCUCAGACUGCUACGGCUAUCAUGAUUUUGGGUCCUCCUAGAGCAUCUAAAAGUAUUGCACACACACAAAAGCGCCACCUUUUACUCCACUUGCCACCAACUCCAAACAAAACAAAAACAAAACAGCCCAAGUUGCCCGAGCCUCCUGGGGCGGGGCCCUGGCUUCCACGGGGACUCUCUCGACCGCUGCCCGCCCGAACCUCUUAGCCUGCAGAAUUUUCAGACACUGGCAGUUGUGUUUCGGUUUUUGUUAAAACUGGCAAGUGGGUCCUCUCUCUCUCUCUCUCUCUCUCUCUCGAAGCUGACACACUUUAAGUGGAAAGCAGUUCUCAGAGCAAAACCCUUGGCGCCCGGUGCGUGUGCGAGCGAGCAAGCGAGCGAGCGAGCGAGCGCACGCAGGAUCCUAGCGCCAACCUGGUCUCCGUCUCCGUCGGGGCCAGACACCACCCCCACCCCCCACCCCGCCUCCAAUUUUUCUGAGUUUAACCCAUAAAAGAGACAAGACGAUUAUGACCUGGGCUAGUCUGCCUUUGUCUUAAGUGACGGAAGGUUUUGUGUGAAUUUGUAACACCUACACACAGGCACCCCUCCUUGCUCUCCCCCCCAUCAAAAUCGGGGGGCUGGGGGGGUGGCCUUUUUGAUGGUUACCAGUACGAUCCACCACCCUGAUGCCUGCCAGAACAGCCGGCUUUUUUUGUUUGAUGGGGUUUUUUGUUUGUAUUUUUGUUUGCUUGCUUGCUUGGUUCCUAAGCAUGUGAAGCCUUGGGGAACCAGGGUGAUUUUUUAAUUUUAUUUUAUUUUUUGUGUGUAAAGCGGACCUCACCUCUCUCCCACCUCCUGUAAAAGCCUUGCUCAGGGGGAUCGAGGGGUGGGGUGGGGUGGCCACCAAGACCCCGCCAAGAGUGUUGGCCUUUUGAAGUCGCAGCUCCAGACACCCAGGAUUCUACGCCCCCCCCCCCCCUUUGAAAUAAAAAACUAGCGGGGGCCGCCUGGCUCUUAUGAGAUGACACCUCCACACACACCCGCACACUUCUCCCCCCACUCCCCAGAUAUCCCAGGCCCCCCUGGGGAUCCCUCUCAGAAAGAAGCAAGUCUAGUUUGGGAUUUCUGGACUUUUUGAAAUUGUGUGUUGAUUUCAGUGGGCAAAAAUAAUAAUAAAAUAAAGGUCACAAUAGAGCUUGUUCUCAGAGCUUUGAAAUAUACAGUGAAGCUUUUUUGAAUUUCUCCCAAGACUUUGACAGCAUGAUGUGGGGUUUUUUGUGUGUUUUCUUUUUUGUGUGGGGGGGGGGGUUUUGGUAGGUUCCCCCCCCCUUUUAGGAAGAUCUCAUUUGCGAAUAAUGUCUUUUUUUUUAUACCAGGAAAAAUAGUCCACCCGGAUGACGUUUGAUAACUCUUCCCCUCCCUGUUAUUUUUAAAUCAAUACAUGUUCAAGUAACAAGUC